AGAUCCACCUCUUUCCAAUGACGUCGAAUACUGUUUUGGACUUGGAGGCAAGGCGACUGGUUGCAGAUAAGCUAAACGUUUGUUGUCAACACUGGUUUCUAAACUGCUGUAAUUUGUAGGAAACAAUAUGUCAGACACAGACACAAAACCUUCUAGUCAGGAUGGCGGAGACAAGAAAGAUGGAGAGUACAUCAAAUUGAAAGUCAUUGGUCAGGACAACAGUGAAAUUCACUUCAAAGUGAAGAUGACGACACACCUGAAAAAACUGAAGGAGUCCUACAGCCAGAGACAGGGUGUUCACAUGAGCACUUUACGGUUUCUAUUCGAGGGACAAAGAAUCUCAGACAACCAAACCCCAAAAGAGCUGGGGAUGGAGGACGAGGAUGUCAUUGAGGUUUAUCAGGAGCAGACUGGAGGACAUAGGAAUAAAUAAUCUACCUGAAUUUUCAUUUGUUUUGUUAAUGAUAAUAUGGUAUUUUAUAUUUGUACAAUUACUGAUUGCUUUGUUUGGAUGUUUGUUUCCAUGGAUGUGGGAGGAUGCUGCCUGAGAGGAACGCUGAAGGAACAUAGUAACGUCCGACCCACUAACCUGGUCUGUUUGUGCUGUCUUUGCAACUCCACUGAUGUCAUUGAACCGACUUGCCAAACAUUGGCGCAAAAACAACCGCUGGACUUUGCAAGAAGGCACAAAUGAGGGCAGUCCUGAUCUAUGAUCAGCUGAGGGCAGUCCUGAUGUGUGAUCAGCUGAGGGUUUUGACUGAUCCUAGAUCAGUACUCCCAUUCUGAGAUCCUGGAACUAGGCUAAUGUGGUCCAUCGGAAGUCUCAUGAAGUUGGAAAGAUGCUUUUUUAUUUCUAGUUGUGUUAACAAAACCACCCGGCUUCAGUUUGGUUUCAUUUAAUCUGGCCCCAUUUUUUUAUAUUUUAUAUGUAAUUUUAAUAUGCCAGGAUCAGCAUCCUUCAGCAUGCCGCCCCCCCCCCCCCCCCGGACUGUUUUAUGUUUUACAUCAGUUACCAGACGCUCUUAUCCAGGACAAUUUACAGUGGUGAGCACAUGUUUUUGCACUUUUCUCCAGACUGGUCCCCUGUGGAAAUCAAACCGACCACCCUGGUGUUCUGGGGACUGCGCCCUAAAUCUGAGCCUCUUGGUGGCAAACAGGAUCUGAUAAUUACCGUAACCAGGAAGUUCCAUUUACUGCCUGUCUCUUUGCCAGAGAAAUGUUCAAAUACCUCACUGAAUCCAUAGUGUGUCAUUAGUACUGUGGACUGACCAGUACUCUAUUGUGCUGAUUAUCGGGAAAGUGGUUUUAUGUUAACAUUUUAAGUGUCAACUGAAGCCUUGGAGCUGUUUUCUUUUCUGAAAAAUGACAUAGGGUAACCCAUUAUGACCAUUUAUUCAUACAUGCCAAAAAAGGAUGCAGGUUUACAGAAAUGCAUUUAAUUAAUCUGACAAAAUUAUAGACCAACCAUUUUUAAACUGAAAAUGUCAGCUCCACUUUUUUUUAAUCAUUUGUUUGAGAAAGAGGGACAGUCUACUAACCUUAUCCAGGCACGUCAUCUCAUGUUAUCAGUUUGUGUGUCUUUGUUAACUGAAGGGGUGUAUGAUGGUGUCUGAGGUUUUGGUUUUCUGCUUCAUUUUCCCAUUUUUCCAAUGUUAAGGUCUGGCUAAAAACAUGGCGCCUCCCAAACUGACCCUUAUUUCCUUUAUCGUGCUCUACUUUAGAGCCCCAAGGCUCAUUCAGUAGUGUACUACUUUAGAGCACAGCCCUGAAGCUCAGUCAGUAGUGUACUACUUUAGAGCACAGCCCUGAAGCUCAGUCAGUAGUGUACUACUUUAGAGCACAGCCCCAAGGCUCAUUCAGUAGUGUACUACUUUAGAGCACAGCCCCAAGGCUCAUUCAGUAGUGUACUACUUUAGAGCACAGCCCUGAAGCUCAGUCAGUAGUGUACUACUUUAGAGCACAGCCCUGAGGCUCAGUCAGUAGUGUACUCUACAGAAAAUAGGGUGAGGUUUAGGAUGUACUUUUAUGAUACUGCUGUGGAGAGCGGUGGUUUUAGAAAGAUUUGAGGUUGUAAUAUUUCUUUUCUCAAUAAAACAUCAAGAAAACA